AUGGGGAAUCAGAAAGUGAAGUGGACAUCGGAGGAAGAGGAAGCCCUAAAAGCAGGAGUGGUGAAGCACGGAACCGGCAAGUGGAAGAACAUCCUCAUAGAUCCUCAGUUCGCGCCCUACCUCACUAAUCGUUCUAACAUCGACCUCAAGGACAAAUGGCGGAACAUGAGUAUUAGCUAUGGACAGUGCUCUAGAGAAAAAUCUAAGGCUUCUAGAGUAAAAACAAUUUCAUCUGAAGCUCUCUCCACUCCCACCACUGAAAACUUAGUUGCCGAGGCUGAUGCUGUUGAUGAGUUUUCCAGAAGCCCAAGGGACGUUAGAAGUGCUCUAGGGUACAACGCCAUGAUAUUUGAAGCACUUUUAUCUGUCAAAGACUCCAAUGGAUCCAAUAUUGGUGCUAUUGUGGAAUUUAUUGAGCAAAAGCAUGAAGUGCCACAAAAUUUCAGACGAUUAUUGAGUUCAAAGCUGAGGAGACUUGUCUUGCAAGGCAAACUUGAGAAGGUCCACAACUGCUACAAGAUCAAAGAUGCUGCUUUGGGGACGAAAACACCUAUACCUAAACAAAAAGAUAUUAGACCAAGGCCAGUACAGAAUUCAGGAUUAGUCAUUUCCGCUGAAACAGUGGAAGAUGCUGCUAUGACUGCUGCCUACAAGAUUGCCGAGGCAGACAACAAAUCAUUUGUGGCAGCAGAAGCAGUUAAAGAGGCUGACAGGGUCUCGACAAUGGCCGAAGAUGCAGAUUCAGUACUGUUGCUUGCCAAAGAGAUUUUUGAGCAAUGUUCAAGAGGUGAAACCGUUCGCUUAGCAUAUAAUCGAACAUGCUAA